AUGUUUACUAAAGCUUUUCGGGUCAAAUCCAAUACGGCCAUCAAGGGGUCGGACAGAAGAAAACUUCGGGCUGAUGUGACAGCUGCUUUCCCCACCAUUGGAACUGAACAGGUCUCUGAGUUAGUACCUGGAAAGGAAGAGCUGAACAUUAUGAAAUUGUAUGCUCACAGAGGGGAUGCAGUGACUGUGUACGUGAGUGGUGGUAACCCCAUCCUAUUUGAACUGGAGAAAAAUCUGUAUCCGACAGUGUAUACUCUGUGGUCAUAUCCCGAUCUUCUACCAACCUUCACAACAUGGCCUCCAGUACUCGAGAAGCUGGCGGGGGGAGCAGAUUUGAUGCUACCGGGACUGGUGGUACCCCCUGCUGGUCUACCUCAAGUACAGAAGGGUGACCUUUGUGCCAUUACCCUGGUGGGGAACAGAGCCCCCAUUGCAGUCGGAGUUGCUAUCAUGUCCACACCUGAGAUGCUGACUGCAGGUCUGAAGGGAAGGGGCUUCUCUGUGCUCCACACUUACCUGGACCACUUAUGGAAAUCUGGAGACAAGUCCUCUCCACCUUCCAUUGCUCCACUGGCCAUGGAUCCCCCAGAUCUCGGUGAAGAGAUGGGCUCUGCCCAAGUGGACCCCAUCCUGCAGGAAGACUUGAGGCACCUGGACUUGAAGGGAGAGGAGGGGGAGAAUAGGGAGAUUCCUCAGCUGUGUGAGGAGAAGUCCUUAUCAGAAGACUCGGAAGACACCAGUGUCGAAGCCCUGAACCAAGACACCACAGGCAGUAAGACCCUUCAAGAGCAAAUGGAUGCACUCUUACAGCGAUGCUUCCUGCAUGCUUUGAAGAGCCAAGUCAAAAAAGCUGACCUCCCUUUACUCACCAGCACCUUCCUUGGCGGCCACAUGUUCUCCUGCUGCCCUGAAGGACAACAACUGGACAUAAAGAAGUCAAGCUACAAAAAGCUCUCUAAGUUCCUGCAGCACAUGCAGCAGGAGCAGAUUAUACAGGUGAAGGAGCUGAGCAAAGGGGUGGAGAGCAUUGUGGCUGUGGACUGGAAGCACCCGAGGAUCACAUCUUUCGUCAUACCCGAGCUCUCCCCGACCUCCCAGACUAUCCAGGAGGGUAGCAGGGAACAGCCCUAUCACCCUCCAGAUAUAAAAUCCCUCUACUGUGUCCCAGCCAACAUGACCCUGCUCUUCCAGGAGUCUGGCCACAAGAAGGGGAGCUUCCUUGAGGGCAGUGAGGUCCGAACAGUCAUCAUUAACUACGCCAAGAAAAAUGACCUGGUGGAUGCAGAUAAUAAAAAUCUCGUGAAGUUGGAUCCCAUCCUGUGUGACUGCAUCUUAGAGAAAAAUGAGCAGCACACAGUCCUGAAGCUUCCAUGGGACAGUCUGCUCACAAGAUGUUUGGAAAAAUUGCAGCCUGCCUAUCAAGUGACCUUUCCUGGACAAGAGCCCAUUGUGAAGAAAGGGAAAAUCUGUCCCAUUGACAUCACCCUAGCACAGAGAGCUUCUAAUAAAAAGGUGACCGUGGUCCGGAACUUGGAGGCCUACGGGCUGGACCCGAGCUCAGUGGCCGCCAUCCUCCAGCAGCGAUGCCAGGCGAGCACUAGCAUCUCUCCUGCUCCUGGGACCAAGGACAGCCUGCAGGUCCAGAUCCAGGGAAACCAGGUCCACCAACUCAGCCGGCUGCUGCUUGAUGAGUAUCAGAUCCCUCGGAAACACAUCCAAGGACUUGAAAAGGCCCCCAAACCUGGCAAGAAGAAGUGACAGACUCUUUUGUUUCAUGCAGUGAAUCCAGUGGAAAUCCAUGCUUGGGGCUGGUAUUUAAGGGAGCAUUUUCACCUUUUGCAAAUAAAAAAUAUAAUUCUUUAGCAAAAUAAAAUUUUAUUCUAAGCUAAA